AUGAGAGACUGCAAAAUGCAAAAGAAUCAAACUAAUUUGCGAUCCAUUCCUGCUGCUCCAUUUUUCCUCCCAGUAGCUCUUGCAUCUGUAGGAAAGAAUAAUUCUGCCCUACAUACUGUUGAGUACCAGGCUAAACUUCAGAAGAACUUGAUGUACUUAGCCGCAAUUGCUGAUGCCCAACCACAAUCGCCAGCUAUUCCAACACAAAUGGCUCCUCAUCCUGCAAUGCAACAAGGAGGAUUUUACAUGCAGCACCCUCAGGCUGCAGCCAUGACUCAACAACAGGGUAUGUUUACGGCAAAGAUGCCACUGCAAUUUAACAACCCCCAGCAAAUGCAGGAUCAGCAGCAUCAACAACUGCAGCGACAGCAGCAAGGUAUUCCUCAACAAACGGGCAUGCAACUUGGAGGUCCCAACUCCACUCUUGAUGGUGCAAGUAAUGGUAGCCAGCUUUCAACUUCAGGCGCUGGGGAUGCACGUGGAGGAAACAAGCAUGACAACCCUGAGGCCGAGCCUUCGGGUGCUGAUGGUCAAGCUAGCUCGGUGACUGGUCCAGGUUCGGAGAAACCCAAGUAAUGGACUUGUUAGUAAUGUCUGAUAUGUACUGAUAGUAGGCUUAGAACUAGUGCUGUAUCUUAUGAUUUUCAUGAUGUGCUUGGGUUCUUGUUAGUAAUAGAAAUAGGGGUUUGAUUAUCUUAUCUUAGAACAGUUAGGUAGAUUGUGUUUUCCUGGAGAGCUUUCCUGUUUCUCUUUCGAGUUAACCUCUGUUUUAUUAGAGGAAGAACUUAGAAUAGAUAGCCUCUCUGACAUCAAUUCAACAUGGUUUCUAGUGUUAGUUAUGAAUGAGUUUUAGUCUCCUCAAAAGCUUCAUAAAUUGUGGCUGUUACAGUCUUUUUCAGAAGCA